AUGCCGCGACGAUGCCACAAGUCGCACACGAUCGGCAAAAAGCGCAAGCUACUCGCCUUGUUCGACCAAGAAUCCAUCAAUAGCCGGGUGUUUCGUGCCACCCAUGACAUCCCACGAAGCACUUGGAUUGGAUGGCAACAAGGCAAGUUAAUGAAAUAUGUGCGACGGGACGAGCACAUCCUCACGUCCAUGCACAUAAUUGCGUUCAUGAAGACGUACCAUGCGGCCUGGCUCGACGUCUACAAGGUUGGGAAGCGAGAUUCGUACAAGUCCCUUCUCAAGUUGUGCCACGAUUUCACCCGGCGACACAACUUUUCUCAAAGAGUCCCAUGUUAUACGAAAAUGCCGUCCGUAGACAUGGAGGCUUUGCGCAACGACUUAGCUGGCCAGUGCUGGAACAAGUAUCACGCGUACAAGUCGUGCGACAUACUCAAUGUUGACGAAACGGAUGUCAACUAUGACAUACCUCCAGGCAAGAUAUGGGCAGGGAAGAGAAAGUCGUCGAAAGUGGACAAUACCCAUAACCACUCAGACGGCCUGACAGCGGUGUUGACAUGUCGCGCGAACGUUACCUGGUGA